GUUGUUGUUGUAGUUUUUAGCAAUAUUUUUCGACAAUGUCUCAUGCUUCUUCUUCAAAAGUUUGCAAAUAUAGUGUUUUUUUGAGUUUUAGAGGUAUAGAUACACGUAGAACCUUUGUGAGUCAUCUCUAUAAUGCUUUAGAACAAAAAGGAAUUGAUGUUUUUAAAGACGAUGAGCGGUUGGAAACGGGAAAAUCAAUUCCUAAUGAACUAAUGAAAGCCAUAGAAGAGUCUAGAUUUGCUAUUGUAAUAUUUUCCGAAAGCUAUGCAUCAUCAAGAUGGUGUUUGGAGGAGCUUGCACAUAUUAUAAAGUGUCGAAAUGAAUUAGAUCAGAUAGUGAUUCCAAUUUUUUAUGAUGUAAGUCCAUCUGAUGUAAACCAUCAAAACUCACCAUUCGCUGAGUCGUUUUCAAAAUACAAAGAUGAUGAGUUGGAGAAGGUUCAAAGAUGGAGAGAAGCUUGUAAGGAAGCUGGGAAAAUAUCAGGAUACCAUUUACAAGAAUGCAAGGAUGAGGCAAAUUGCAUCAAGAAGGUGGUUGAUCACAUAUUACCAAACGUUAUUUCAACCGUUUCGGAAAGCUUAGUGGGUACUCAAAUUGAAAAAGUAAUCUCAUUAUUACAUAUGAAAUCUGAUGAUGUUUACUUCGUUGGAUUAUGGGGAAUGAGUGGUAUUGGUAAGACAGAAAUCGCGAGUGUUAUAUAUGAGAGAUACCGUCAUCAAUUUGAAGCUUAUUGUUUUCUUGGUGAUGUUGGAGAAAUGUACCGGAAAAAGGGACUUAGAUGGCUACAGAAAACUCUUAUCUGCAAACUAUUUGGAAAAAAGAUCAUUGUAACUAGUGAACAUGAUGGAACCAUAAUUAUAAAGAAUGGGCUUCGGUGGAAGAAAGUUUUACUCGUUCUUGACAACGUAGACCAUCUAAGUCAACUAGAACUUAUAGUUGGAGGGACAGAGUGGUUUGGCAGGGGUAGUAGAAUUUUGAUUUCUACGAGAGACAAACACCUGAUAGUCAGUCAUGUGAAGGAGGAUAAAGUAUACGAAGUCUUACUAUUAUCUGAGAACAAAGCUCUUGAACUGUUUUGCAUGCAUGCUUUCAAAAGAAAAUCUCCGGAGAGAGAUUUUAAGGUACUUUCAAAUGAAGUAGUGAAGUAUGCUGAUGGACUCCCUUUAGCUCUUAAAGUUUUGGGUUCUUCUCUUUAUGGACGAAACAAAGAGCAAUGUAGAGAUAUAAUUGAUAGAUUGAAAAAAAUCCCUAAUGAUGACAUUCUAGGAAAACUUAAGAUUGGUCUCGAUGAGUUGAAUAACGAUGAGAGGAGAACAUUCCUUGAUAUAGCAUGCUUGUACAAUCAUGAAUAUAGCUAUUACGUUGAACGAAUACUUAAGAGUUGUGGUAUUCACUUGAUAGGAAUAAGUUACCUCAUCGAAAAAUCUCUCUUAUGCAUCAGAUAUCACUCGUUUGAGAUGCAUAGUUUGAUAAGUCAAACGGGUCAAAAUGUGUCAAGGGAAGAAUACGCAAACAGCAGAGUAUGGCUUAUUGAGGAAGUUCAUGACCUUUUUGCUGGAAAGUUGAAAACAAAAAAGGUUGAAAGCCUACAGAUCCCAAAUGGUUACCGGUUUGAAGAUGAUCAUAUCAAUUAUAACAAGGUAUUCAAGAGAAUGCAAUGCUUACAGGUGUUGAUACUUCAUCGUAGAACUAUUUGCUCGGAAAACACUGUCACUUGUUUGCCUUCUAACCUGCGGUGGAUUGAAUGGCCGAACUAUCCUUCAAGUUCAUUGCCAGAGGGGUUUGAACCAUCACAACUAGUUGGGCUUUGUUUACGUGGAAGUUGUCUUGUUGAACUUUGGCCAAUACCAAAGAAUAGCAUAUGUCUAUUAGGAGUACUACUUGAGCUAACUGGUAAUUCGCAGAAACUGUGCAACUUGAAGUAUUUGAAUCUAAGCGAGAGCCUUGGGUUAACGAAGACCCCUAAUUUUGGUGAUAUGCCAAACUUGGAGACACUAAGUUUACGGAGGUGUGAGAAUUUGGAAGUGGUUCAUCCCUCUCUUGGACAUUGCAAAAUGCUUACUUAUUUGAGUUUGACGGGUUGUGUCAAACUUAAGAAGCUUCCAAAAUUUGUCUGUAUGGAAUCUCUCGAGAUUCUUCUCCUUGAUGAAUGCACGCGCUUAAAAAGAUUUCCAAAAAUCUGUGGAGAUAUGCUGCGCUUAUCAAUACUGUAUGUAGAAUCCCCCUGGAUAAGAAACUUACCCCCAUCUCUCAGCGGCCUUAGUCGUUUGAAACUGAAAGGUUGUGAAGUUCUUGAAAGUAUUCCAGACUCUAUUCUAAAUCUUAAAAGACUUCACAUUUCAGGUUGCAAUAAACUUACAACUUUGCCAAACAGCCUCUUUGAAUCACAACAAUGGAUAUUUCUUUAUAUAUACCGAUGUUCUGGAUUGGUAGAGCUCCCCGUAUCUCUUGGAGUUCAAAAGAAGCUUGGUUUUUUAUCCGUAGAAGAAUGUGAGAACUUAACGAAGCUUCCAAGCUCUAUUCAGAUGGAAUCCCUUACCGAGCUCAAGAUAUCUAAUUGCCCAAAAUUAACUACAUUUCCAGAAAUAAUCGGAGAUAUGCAUUGCUUGAAAAGUUUGACUCUGGAGUCUACUGGGAUUAGAGAACUGCCUUUGUCCAUUGGGAAUCUGAGCGGCCUCGAAUAUCUCAAUCUGAAAAGUUGUGAAGAUCUUGUAAGUCUACCAAACAGUCUCUGUAAGUUGAAGAAUCUUCAACGGCUUAUUCUUUGUGGCUGCAAAAAGCUUCCAGGAAACGUUGGUGAUCUGCAAGAGUUUGAGACACUUGAUACGAGUAUCAACAUUCCUCAUGUUUCGUCUUGCAUCAAGUAUCAUGUUUAA